AGGAAUCCAGGGGCUAUUUUGAGUGUAGGGCGGCACCCUGCCAAGUGAGGAGAACUACCGAAUAUAUUGCAGGUUCGGUAGUGUCUCGGGCGAGUGCAGGAGACUCAUUUCCCGUUUGUUCUCCUUUAUCCGGGGAAGAGAUUUCAGAGACUGCUGCUCGCUGUUCCAUCGCACCCCCUAUGUUCAGGAUGCCCCGGGCCUGAGCCACCUGGAAGGGGCAGCUUGCGGGCUGCUCCCAGGGGAAGCUGCCGGCCAGCUGAAGGCGAUGUUGCGGUGGGCGGUGCACCUGGAAGGUGGUCCGCGGAGGGUGAACCAUGCAGCGGUGGCUGUGGGGCACAAGGUCUACUCCUUCGGGGGGUACUGCUCAGGCGAGGACUACGAGACACUCCGACAGAUUGACGUGCACAUCUUUAAUGCGGUUUCACUUCGCUGGAUGAAGCUCCCGCCUUUCCGAUCGGAGCGGAACGAUCAGUCGCCUCAGCUACCGUACAUGAGGUACGGCCACACUGCCGUACUGGUCGAUGAUGCCAUCUACAUCUGGGGCGGAAGGAAUGACACUGAAGGAGCGUGCAACGUCUUGUACGCAUUCGACAUCCACUCUCACAGCUGGUCCACGCCGAAGGUCCACGGUUCGAUUCCUGGAGCUCGGGAUGGGCACUCUGCCUGUGCUCUGGGCAAAUCCAUGUUCAUCUUUGGGGGCUACGAACAGCUGGCUGACUGCUUUUCCAAUGAUAUCCACCGUCUCGACACCGUGACAAUGACAUGGACCCUGGUGAAUGCAAAGGGAAUCGCGGCCAGGUGGAGAGACUUCCACUCAGCCACAGUGUUGGGCAGCCGGAUGUACGUGUUUGGGGGCAGGGCCGAUCGCUUUGGACCUUUCCACUCCAACAACGAGAUCUACUGCAACCGCAUCGAGGUGUUCGACAUGGAGACCAACCACUGGCUGGAGUUGCCCACCGCCCAGCUACUGCCGGAGGGACGGCGCAGCCAUUCUGCCUUUGCCUACAACAGUGAGCUGUACAUCUUCGGAGGGUACAAUGCACGGCUCGACCGGCACUUUAAUGACCUGUGGAAGUACAAUCCCGAGACAGCGAUGUGGCGGAAGGUGGAGCCCAAGGGGAAGGGGCCCUGUCCCCGCAGGAGGCAGUGCUGCUGCAUGGUGGGAGACAAAGUCAUCCUCUUCGGAGGCACCAGUCCGUGCCCGGAGCAAGGAAUGGGUGAUGAGUUCAACCUGAUGGAUCACUCUGACCUCUAUAUCCUGGACUUUUGUCCCAGUCUGAAGACCUUGUGCAAGCUGGCCGUGAUUCAGUACAGCUUGGAUCAGUCCGUACUCCCUCACGACAUCAGGUGGGAGCUGACAGCGAUGACGACCAACAGCAACAUCAGUCGACCGAUCUUCUCGUCCCACGGCUAAGCCGCCUUUCCACGGUCCGGUGACAGUGGCCUCCCCUGGACGCGUGGUGCCUUGUUUUUGUGGGAGAGGGCGGAGGGGCAAGGAGGAGGGAGCGGCCACGCCUGUCAACGGGGCGUGAAGCUGGAGGUCGCCAUGGAGCGACAGGGACGGCGAGAUCGCUCGGUGGCACCGGGCCCGUUCUCCCCUCCUGCCCCCCCCAGCCCACUCUGCGGAGCCACGCAGGACGUUUUUACCAAAAGGUGCUUGAUGCAAGAUAUACCUCAUGGCGGCUGGCUGACCUGCCUGGACUCUCCCACACGGAGGGCCACGAGCCAGUUGAGUUUUUAUUGAAGCAAGCCUGUUUAUUUUGGGGGACGGACUUGGGAUAAAUUGCAAGAUGACAAUGUUGUCAGUGUUUUGUGCGGGGGGAGGAGGGAAUGUUCCCCGUACUCUGCACCUCCAGUUGGAAUCAGUGGUCCCAGCACUGGAGGUGGGUGCUGGGGUGGGUCAGAGCCAUUAACCCUGCUUGUCAUCCAUUACCCUGCCCAAACGAUCCAGGUCCACUACCCAAAGCUUCUGUUGGGGGCUGCAGAUCUGCCGCAGGUAACUGGCCCACACAAACCCACACACCGUCCCAGCUCAGUGAAGCCCCCUCAGCCAGGUUGUCUCGGAGCACAGCAAGGACCCGCUGUCAAGGUCCAUGAACCCACGGCUGCAGUGACCAGGAACUGUGGACCCCUGCCCGUGACUGGAGUGACCAGUAUCCAUGAACUGUGGAGCCCUUGCCCUGGGUCGAGUGACGAGUGCCCAAGAUUGGAAUGACCACUGCCUAUAAACUUUAGACACCAAUCCCUGCCCUUGACUGCAGUGACCAGUGGCCAUGAACUCUGGACAUGACACCCUGUCCUGCAACGGAAUGAUCAGUCCAUGGACACCGGGCCAUUGCCCACUGUAGGAGUGGCCAUGGACAUUGGGUCUCUGCCCACUCUUGGGAAUGACCAUUGUAAUCUCUGCACGUCAGCGCGGGUGUGAGCAACAUUGUUUAUUUUCUCAUCUUUUUGUAAGGACGGAUUUCAAUGCACUUGUAUAAAAAAUAUAAAACCGGCAUUUUCUGA